AUGAACACGCCGGGCGAUGGAGACGUAACGUGCUGGAAGUGUGGGCACCACUACGCCCUGCAGCGCAAAUUCUGCGUGCAGUGCGGUUCCAAGCCGACCCGACCCGGUAGCACGCCCACGGGGUCACCCGCCCCCUCCACCCCACCCUCCCCCGUCGUCGCCCCCCGCAACCGCGCCGGCACCCCCUUCCCCACCAACAUCCCCAUCCCCGCCUCCACCCCCGCCCCCGCGGCCACCCCCUCGAACUCGCUCGCCCUCACGGGCGACUACCACGUGGUGAGCAGCGGCGGACAGGACCGGUUCUACUGCACGGAGGACUUCAUCGCGGCCAACUCGCCCGCGUGCGCCGUGUGCGCGCAGCCCAUCACCGGGACCGGGGCCGAGGACCACACCGGGGCCAAGUACCACCUCAACUGCUUCGCCUGCAAGCGAUGCGGAACGCCCAUCACCAACAAGUACAUCGUAGACUCCCAGGGCGACCUCUGCUGCGGCCACUGCCACUCGUCGUCGCCGCCGGGCGCGGCGGGCAACUCGUCGUCGUCGUCAUCAUCGUCUGCGGCGGGUGACAGCUCAACCUUCCGCUGCGGCGUGUGCGCCGGGGAGCUCUCGGGGCAGGUGGUGGGCGUGGGCGACACCCGCUACCACAAGCACUGCUUCGUGUGCCCCGGCUGCAAGGCCGACCUCACCCACAUCCCCUUCCACCUCGAAAACGGUCAGCUGCGAUGUAAGAAGUGUCUUCUCACCGAGAAGGGCGAGUUCUGCGCCGCGUGUGGCCAGUUGAUCGAGGAGGGAGCGCUGCAGGCCAUGACCAAGCUGUGGCACGAACACUGCUUCAAGUGCGGAGACUGCGCCAGCGUCAUCGGGGCCGGGCAGUCCUACGCCGCCAAGGGCCAGACGCCCAUUUGCGCCAGCUGCGCCACCAAAUACUGA